GGCCGUUUCUCCCCUUCAUCGGCAUCGUGGGAGUAGCUCUCUGUCUCUUGCGGCGAAGAAGAGGCGAGGAGGAGGAGGAGGAGGAGAAAUGGCGAAGAAGGUUCUGCUACUGUGCGGCGACUAUGCGGAGGACUACGAGGUUAUGGUGCCGUUUCAAGCGCUUCAAGCGUAUGGCGUCGCUGUCGACGCGGCUUGCCCCGGAAAGAAGGCCGGCGACGUGUGCCGCACCGCCGUCCAUCAGGUUUCCGGUCACCAGACAUAUUCUGAAUCAAGAGGUCACAAUUUCAUGCUUAAUGCAUCAUUUGGUGAGAUUGAAGUGAGCAAAUAUGAUGGAUUAGUUAUUCCUGGAGGUCGGGCACCGGAAUAUCUUGCGAUGAAUGAGUCAGUUGUGGAGUUAGUUAAAAAGUUUUCUGAUUCAGCCAAGCCAAUUGCAUCAGUUUGCCAUGGUCAGUUGAUAUUGGCAGCUGCAAAUUUGGUUAAAGACCGGAAAUGCACAGCCUAUCCCCCUGUGAAGCCUGCCUUGAUUGCUGCUGGAGCUCACUGGAUAGAACCAGAGACGAUGUCAAAAUGUGUCUCUGAUGGUAAUCUUAUUACAGGAGCAACAUAUGAUAGCCAUCCUGAGUUUAUCCGCCUUUUUGUUGAAGCACUAGGAGGUUCUAUUACAGGCUCAGAUAAGCGAAUUCUGUUUAUUUGUGGGGAUUACAUGGAGGAUUAUGAGGUUAUGGUUCCAUUUCAGUCACUGCAAGCUCUUGGUUGUCACGUUGAUGCAGUCUGCCCAAAGAAAGGUGCUGGUGAAAAGUGUCCAACCGCCAUCCAUGACUUUGAGGGUGAUCAAACUUAUAGUGAAAAGCCUGGACAUGAUUUCACCUUGACAGCAUCAUUUGAAGGCUUGGAUGCUUCUAUCUAUGAUGCCCUAGUGAUACCUGGUGGGCGAGCACCCGAAUAUCUUGCAUUAGAUGAGGAAGUUAUUACUUUGGUGAAGAAGUUUAUGAAUGGAGGAAAGCCUGUUGCAUCAAUUUGCCAUGGCCAACAGAUAUUGUCUGCUGCUGGGGUUUUGAAGGGGAAGAAAUGCACAGCAUACCCGGCUGUGAAGCUGAAUGUGGUACUGGGAGGAGCCACAUGGUUGGAACCAGACCCGAUUGACCGAUGCUUUACCGACGGCAACUUAGUCACUGGUGCUGCUUGGCCUGGGCACCCCGAGUUCAUCUCUCAGCUUAUGGCUUUGCUUGGUAUAAAAGUCUCCUUCUAAAGCAGGAAUGUGUGUGGAGCUUGUCGGCGCAGUUCAACCUCCGACACUCACUCGAGUUCUUCAUCAGGAUUAUCCUGUCAACAGAAUCCUACAAGGUUGCGUUUUUUGUCUCUGUGAAGACUUGUGUCUCAUGUACUACUUGUCACCUUUUUCCUUUGUCUCUGUGAAGACUUGUGUCUAUGUACGCUUGUUGCAGUUUCCGAGUGACUCACAGCUAUGUACAUUAUUAUAAAGUUCCUAAAUACUCUAUGCUGUUUGUGGGGCUAA